GCACAGGUGCAUCCGCUUCCCUCAGGGCCCCUCCCGCCAUCGUCCCGGGGCAGCGCCCGGGGAAAGGUCGGUGUUCGCUCCCUGCUAGACGGAGCUUGGGUUCUCCUUGUGCCCUCACCGACAGUGGUGAGGGGAGGGGAGAGGGAAGACCGGAGGAGGGCGCGGAGGCAACGCCGUCACCAGAGGAGGCGGUGGCGGGGAAGAGGAGGAGGAGAAGAAGCCGGCGCGGAGCCUCGCCUCACCUCGCCUCGCCUCGCCUCGCCUCGCCUCGCAGCCCCUCCGCCGUCCCCGCCUCGCCGUCCACGGCCGCCGGAGUCACCGGCGGCCGCCCGUCCUUAUGAUGGCCUCGACCACCUGCACACGCUUCACCGACGAGUACCAGCUCUUCGAGGAGCUUGGGAAAGGGGCGUUCUCCGUCGUGAGGAGGUGUAUGAAAAUCACCACAGGACAAGAGUAUGCUGCCAAAAUCAUCAACACCAAAAAGCUUUCAGCCAGGGAUCACCAGAAACUGGAAAGAGAAGCUAGAAUCUGUCGCCUCCUGAAGCAUCCUAAUAUCGUGCGGCUCCAUGACAGCAUAUCAGAAGAAGGAUUCCAUUACUUAGUCUUUGACUUAGUCACUGGAGGUGAAUUGUUUGAAGAUAUAGUUGCAAGAGAAUAUUAUAGCGAAGCAGAUGCCAGUCAUUGCAUUCAGCAGAUCCUGGAGGCCGUGCUGCACUGCCAUCAGAUGGGCGUGGUCCAUCGCGACCUCAAGCCUGAGAACUUACUUCUAGCUAGCAAAUCCAAGGGAGCAGCAGUAAAACUGGCAGACUUUGGAUUGGCUAUAGAAGUCCAGGGAGAACAACAGGCUUGGUUUGGCUUUGCUGGUACUCCAGGAUACCUUUCGCCAGAAGUGUUACGAAAAGAUCCUUAUGGAAAACCUGUGGAUAUGUGGGCAUGUGGAGUCAUUCUGUACAUCCUCCUGGUGGGAUACCCCCCCUUCUGGGAUGAAGACCAGCACAGGCUUUACCAGCAGAUCAAGGCUGGUGCUUAUGAUUUCCCCUCACCAGAAUGGGACACGGUGACUCCUGAAGCAAAAGACCUUAUCAAUAAAAUGCUCACCAUCAACCCAGCAAAACGUAUCACAGCAUCGGAAGCACUAAAGCAUCCAUGGAUCUGUCAACGUUCUACUGUUGCCUCUAUGAUGCACAGACAAGAGACUGUAGAUUGCCUGAAGAAAUUCAAUGCAAGAAGGAAACUAAAGGGGGCCAUUUUGACAACAAUGCUGGCUACCAGAAAUUUCUCAGCAGCCAAGAGUUUACUGAAAAAGCCGGAUGGAGUUAAGAAAAGGAAGUCCAGUUCGAGUGUUCAGAUGAUGAUAAACAACAAAACCAACGUGGUAACCAGCCCCAAGGAAAAUAUUCCUACCCCGGCGCUGGAGCCCCAAACUACAGUAAUCCACAACCCUGAUGGAAAUAAGGAAUCAACAGAGAGUUCCAACACGACUAUCGAAGAUGAGGAUGUGAAAGCGGGCAAGUCCAUGAGAAAUGCAAACUCAGAGAGUCAAUCGCUUGAGUCUGAGCUCUCCCACUCCACUCCUUCCUCUGUACUAUCUCGUAAGCAGGAGAUUAUCAAGGUGACCGAGCAGUUGAUUGAAGCCAUCAACAACGGGGACUUCGAGGCUUACACAAAAAUCUGUGAUCCAGGCCUUACAUCUUUUGAACCUGAAGCUUUGGGUAAUCUGGUAGAAGGGAUGGACUUCCACCGGUUUUACUUUGAGAAUGCUCUGUCCAAAAGCAACAAGCCGAUCCACACGAUUAUCCUGAACCCGCACGUGCACCUGGUGGGCGAGGACGCAGCGUGCAUCGCGUACAUCCGCCUGACACAGUACAUGGACGGCAGCGGCAUGCCAAAGACUAUGCAGUCCGAGGAGACGCGCGUGUGGCACCGGCGCGACGGCAAGUGGCAGAACGUGCACUUCCACCGCUCGGGCUCGCCCACCGUGCCCAUCAAUGCCUAGUGCAGAGGGAUCCCACCACGGCUCCGGCCCCUAGAUGCUACGCUAAAAAUAUCAGCGGUGCCGCUCUUGCAUUUUCCGUACCCAACGCACCUGGUCGAUUACCAUCUUGGCCAUCCUGUUCUCUUCAUGCAUGUUUCUGAGUGCAUGAAGUUGUGAAGGUUCUUCAUGUAACACAUUUGUGAUGCACCACGUUGCUGUAUAUUCCAUCUGUACACUGUUAACAUUUCAAUGAAGGUGAUGUUCCAUGCAAAUAGAGAAUAACAAGGCGUAAAACACGAAAAGAGAUAUUGGAUGGACAGCAGUAGACACACAGUACAUUUGUCACUUGCUCCAUUUAUGCCAAGUUUUGACAGACAACUUUAAAAUCUAUCAUGUUUAUUAAAAAAAAAAGAAAAAAAAAAGAAAAGGUAUAUUUUACCUUCUUUUUUUAAGAACUGGUUUUUGACUCCUCCUUUUCUCCCAAGUCCCAGGAUUUUGCUUUGGUUCUGGUAGGAAUGGUUAGGAUGUAUGCUGGCAGCUCCGUUACUGUAAAACAGAUUUUUAUCUUAGACGGACAAAAUCACUGAUAAAUGUGAAAGUGUUAAUAUCUUGGCUUUGGACCAGCUGGAGCCUUCUUAGUUUAUUAGUCUGGAAAAAUCUCCUCAUUUGCUGGUUUGGCCACUCCAGAAUUAAUUGUCAGUGUUCUGGUGAGUCAGCAGCUUCCAUUUUCCUUUUGAGUUCUUUUUGCUUUAUUUUGCUUAACUGAAAGUCACUGUUGGUUGAUUAAGCAAAACUAAAAAUUGUAAGGAACUAAGUGAUAAUUGAGAGGCAGUUUUUGAGGAUUAAAAUGGAAGGAAAGAAAGAUUUUUAUCACUUUUAGGAUGUACUGUAAAUUUUUUAAGGAGGCUUUAAAAAAUAUAAUAUCUUGGUUAAUGUAUAGACCAGCUGUGUGGUUAAUAUAUUCAAGAAAUAUUAGGCCUUAAAGCUAAGUAUGAAGAGUUUACUUACAUUAUACUGCUGCUGUUGCUUCUCUGGAAAUGAAUUAUGGAGACACCGGCUUUCCGUGGGACCCUAACACUUUACCACAGGUUUGUGUCUCCCCGCGCUUCCCCUCCAUCCGCUCUUGGCUUCUCAAGCUCCCCUGACAGCGUUCGCUGUCGAGGCCGGCGAUCCCGACGGGUUUGUCCCGCAUCCGGGCCGAGGGAGGAACGCUCUGCUGGCAGUGUAGAACUCAAGCCUUGCAACAGGGACUAGUUCUCCUUCCCUCGCGUUGCUGUAAAAAUACAACCUCACAAGAAUUUUGGUUUCUUCCCUUCCACUGUUCCAGGAAAGCCCAGGCCGGGCUGCUCUUGUUCUCCCCAUGGUUCUGUUAGCAGCAGGCUUCUUCUCCCCGCAGCGCUGUACAGUGCAUGGUAUCUCAGUGUCCUUUUUAGCCGUCCAAAAUUUACAACUCGGCAGCCUGAACUUUUUAAAAUGGGAAAGCUUCCUAAUUUGUAUCAUUUCACCCUUCUGUGUUGAUUACUAAUCAAAAGCAGUUCUUAAACAUGUUGAUGUUGUUACUAGUGGAUGUAUGGUAGAUGGACUUAAGCUUCUUUGAUAAUUACUACAUGAUUUUAAACAAUAUAUAUUUAAAAUAAGCAUCUACAAUAAAUGUGUUGAGCCAUAUUAACCUGCCAAUGGGAUCUGUGAAAAAAGUAAUGGCCUCAUUUUUUUUUCUCAUUAAUUUCUUUUCUUUUUUUUUUCUUUUUUUCUUUUUUUUUUUUUUUUGUGAAGCGGCUAUAAGUGGCAUAACUGUAUUUAAAAUUAACAAAUUAGGUGUAGGGUGGUUUUUUUAUACUUCUAACAUAGCAUGUGGUGUUGACGUAUUACUGUAGACCAAGUUUGUCUUCCACACCAAGACGUGAGGAAAUUGUGAUUUGUUCUCUCCACCACAACUGAAUUAUACACUUCUGUCAUUUUGGAACACUGCAGUUUACCAUGGGACACAGUGUACAUAUUUCUUGCCAUAAUGGUAAAUGAUUGAUAUAUUUAAGGAUUAAUAAAUUUGUGAUUUCUGCUGA